AUGACGAGGUUGGCGGGAGACGAGGCGCCGGGUGGUGGUAACGGUGGUGGUGAUAAUAAUAAUGAUGAUGAUAGAAUCAACGACGAGGAGAAGAAACGCAACCACCCGAUGAAUAACAAUAACAACAACAACAACAACCCUUCGUUGCUCGGUGGGAAUAAGCCCUCGUUGAAGAAGAAGAAGGAGUUGCUGAGCGAGAUUGAAAAUCUGGAACGCUCGUUUUCUUGGCCGAGAGAAAACGACCGGUGCGCUUUGGUACCGAAGCGAUGGUACGACCAGUGCCUCUCGUAUUUGAAGGAAGAGAACGGAGCGUCGUCGCCCGGGCCGAUGGAUAACUCGUGUCUUUUGGAUGAUGUCGACGACGACGCGAGAGGAGGAGGAGAAGGAGAAGAAGAGGAAGGAAAGAACGUGUUUGGACAGUUGACGCCGAAACUGAAACAAAACUUGAAAGAAAAUGUGGACUACGCGGUGGUCAGAGAAGAAACGGCGGAGAUGUUGACGAAUUGGUUCGGGAUGGUGCGUAAUUUGACGACGACGACGCACGUGUUGAGGAGGUGCGUCGGGGAGAGAGAGAGUGGGUUUGUUGAGAACUCUAGCGCUAAUAGUAACGCGGUAUCGCCGAGGAAGUUUACGAGACGCGGCGGCGCGGUAUCAACCGCGAACAACGCGAAAAGAGCGGCGAGGUGCGAAGUUUAUCGUCCUAAGGUGACUUUGGUAUACCACGAGCCGAGUAGCUAUAGUAAUAAUGAUAGCAGCGUAGAGCAGCAGCAGCAGCAGCAAGGAUUCUUAGCGCGGUUGAAUCCGUUUACGUCGUCGUCUUCAGCGGCGCCGCCGCCGUCAAAAGAAGCAAAAGUUCGCAAGGCAAUCAUGUACGCGUCGGCGAACGAUACGAUAGGAGAUAUGCAAGACGUUGCGAGAAAAGCUUUCCUUAUCAACGACGACGAUACAAAUAAGAGAAUCAAACUGUUCGAUUUUACGGGCGGGUUGAAAGGCGAAGUAGAUUUGUGCGACGCCUUUUUAGAAAAAAAAGUGAGCGGCGAUGACGCAAACGGGGCCUUUUCUAUCAGUGAUGGACAGGAGGUUUUAGUUGAAAUUGUCAACGACGAAGAGGAAGAUGAUUUAGUGGACAAGGAGAAAAUUAACGAAGAAAUCAGAAACGCGUUUCAAAACCAUCACAGCAGUGUUGAAGAGGAACGAAGAAGACUACCGAUGACGACGACGAUUGGAACGCAAACUUUUGAAACGUUCGACGACGAUGACGCAGAUUUGUACGGCAGCGAACCACAACUCGAUAAACCGAUGACUGAUAUCGAUCAAACUAUAGCCAACACUAUUUCUUCUCACACGCACAAAAAUGCUCUGAAUGAAGACGACGCGACCAUGGCGAACGAUUCUGAUCGAGCGCCAAAGCGUAUGACAUUAGAACCGAUCGCGUUACCGUCUACGUCACACUCUUUCGGGUUAGCGUCGCCGAAAAAUGACGUCGAAACCGACCGGGCGAAGCAAAAGCACGGCAGUCGUGGGAAAGCCGGUUUGCAAAACUUGGGAAAUACGUGUUUCAUGAACUCGGCGUUGCAGUGCUUGUCGCAUACGUCCAUGUUGACGGAUGCCUUUUUGUCCAACGCGUACGUAGAAGAUAUUAACGAAGAUAACCCAAUUGGUAUGGGAGGUAAACUCGCGAAGGAGUACGCAAAACUCAUCACGGCGCUAUGGCGUGAUGGAGCCGUCUCAGUCGCACCUCGAGCGUUCAAAUCUGCUUUGGCAAAAUUCGCUCCUCAAUUUAGCGGGUAUAACCAACAAGACGCGCAAGAGCUCUUGGCGUUUUUAUUGGACGGUUUGCACGAAGAUUUGAACCGCGUAAAGGUGAAACCGUACGUGGAAGAGAAAGAUGCAACUGGAAGAACUGAUGCAGACGUUGCGAAAGAGCACUGGGAGAACCAUUUAGCGAGGAAUAACAGUCGAAUCGUGGAUGCUUUUCAAGGCCAAUACAAAUCGACGUUGGUGUGUCCAGAUUGCGAGAAUAGAUCCGUGAAAUUUGACCCAUUCAUGUAUUUGACCGUGCCCUUACCGACGACGAGAGAGCGCGAGUUGAAAGUGACGAUUUUGUUUUGCGAUCAGCCGGGUUUGAAACCUAUGAAAGUUGUCGUCGUCGUCGAUAACGAAGGUUCCGUCAAAGAUUUGGAGAAAAAUCUUUUCGAAACGUUGGCUGGAGAGAUCGAAGAAGAUAUUGGUGAGAUUUCUGAUUCAACGCAUCGUUGGGUGAUUGCGGAUAUAUUCAAGGCGAAGGUGUAUAAAUUCUUCGAUUCGGAUGCGAAAUUGCGCGAGAUUUCCGACAAAGACGUCGUAUUCGCCUAUUGCUUACCAAAGACGAAGGAGAAUAAAAACGAAGACGAGUUGUUCGCGUUGGUGUGUCAUCGAAAGCCGUUGGCGCAAGCGACGAAGUCGCCGUACUUUCGAUCGAGUUAUUCUGGAUACGAAACCCGAGCGUCCUCGAUCGCAACAACCCACGACGAGAACGAGCUCAUCGGGUUUCCGUUCUUGAUUCCAACUUCUGCGGCGAGCGAAGAUACGAUGGAAGCGAAAGAGGCCAUCGAAGACUGGAUGGAGAAAUUUUCCAUCGCGCAUUUUUCAUCUUCGACGCGCGAAAAGGACGGCGAGGACGCCGCAUCUACCGAAGACGUAGCCAUGGGAGAAGAUGAAAAACAAAAGGAAGACCCGCAACGCGCCGAGUAUUUGGAAAAAUGCGCCGGGAAAUCGUUCGCUUUGCGCAAAUCGCUCGCAGAAUGGUACGAACCGGGGCAAACAAACGCGGAGUUGUUGAAGAAAAAAUCUAGCGAAGACGACGCAGUUACGUUAGACUCCACAAAGAGCGGGACUUUUUCGCUCUCGAACUUCUACGGCAACACUACGAACACAGUUUCGGACUCUUCGCCGGAUAAGCAAGAAGAACGAGCAACGUCAUCUUUGCCGAACAUUUCCGAUAAGAGCGCGCCGAUUUUCGCGUAUUGGAAGAAGAACCAAGAAAGCGCGUUUGAGAAGUGCGUUCGUAAACACGACUCGCUUCUCGAAUUCGAGAAACGGAAUUUAGGUCCCGCUACUGCAGUCAAGAAAACUCCCCUCAGCGCGUGCAUGGAACAUUUCAUCAAGGAAGAACCGCUGGGCGAAGACGACAUGUGGUAUUGCGGCAAGUGUAAAAAACACGUCCCUGCGAAAUGUUCCAUGAACAUUUGGCGCGCGCCUCCCAUUUUAAUCUUACACUUGAAACGGUUCUCUUACAGUCGCUCUUGGAGAGAUAAAAUCGACGUAAAAAUCGAUUACCCGCUCGAAGAUUUCGACAUCUCCCCGUUCAUCGCGGAAGACGCCUUAUUCUUCGACGAAGACUCGGACCUCCCGAAAUCCACCGUCUACGACCUCUACGCGGUCGUCAACCACUACGGCUCCAUGGGUGGCGGUCACUACACCGCCUACGCCAAACACGCCGAAAGUGGUUCUUGGCACUCCUACGAUGACUCCACCUGUCGCCCAAUCGACGUCAACUCGGUCCAAGAGUCCAACGCCGGAUACGUUUUGUUUUACAAGCGGAAAGAUUUUGAGAUGCACCGACCCAUGUCGCGAGUCGAUUUAAGUCUCGAGGAAGAAGAAGGAGGAGGAGGAGGAAAUAAUCAUCAUAACGAUUUCUUUGGACAACAAACGCAAAACGAGGACGAGAGCGACGAUCCAGACUUUGUUCUCGGAGCUCACGGGGAGGAGUUUGAUAACGAGUCCUUGCUCGACACCAUGGACGUGUCUUCGUAA